AUGCACCAGCAACAGCACCCGCACCAACCGGCGGCGGCCAUGGGCGACGCGCUGUGGGAGCUGAUCGGGGAGGAGAUGGCGGCGGCGGAGGCGGCCGCCGGGGAGCACGGCCUGCCCCCGGGCUUCCGCUUCCACCCCACCGACGAGGAGCUUGUGACCUUCUACCUCGCCGCCAAGGUCUUCAACGGCGCGUGCUGCGGCGGCGUGGACAUCGCGGAGGUGGAUCUGAACCGGUGCGAGCCGUGGGACCUCCCGGAGGCGGCGAGGAUGGGGGAGCGGGAGUGGUACUUCUUCAGCCUCCGCGACCGCAAGUACCCCACGGGCCUCCGCACCAACCGUGCCACCGGCGCCGGCUACUGGAAGGCCACCGGCAAGGACCGCGAGGUGCUCAACGCCGCCACGGGCUCCCUCCUCGGCAUGAAGAAGACGCUGGUCUUCUACAGAGGCCGCGCCCCCCGCGGCGAGAAGACCAAGUGGGUCCUCCACGAGUACCGCCUCGACGGCGACUUCGGCGCCGCCCGCCGCUCCUGCAAGGAGGAAUGGGUGGUGUGCAGGAUCUUCCACAAGGCGGUAGACCCGUACAGCAAGAUGAUGGAGAUGAGAAACCCCUACUGCUACUUCCCCAUGAGCCCCCACCACCCCAGCUUCUUCCAGGACGCACCUCCUGUCCCCUUCCCAAACCCUAGUCAGCUCAUCCCCUUUCACCAUGACCUCCCAAACCUGCAGUCAUCCCCAAUAAUGCAGAGCCAGGGCCAGGCCAAGAACACAAGCAGCAACAAUGGCGGCUUCCCAGCAGCAGCUUGCGUCCAGGAGCAGCCAAACAGCAGCUGUAACCAAGCAUAUUUCCCUUUCCCUCCCUUCGCCUCCAUCGUCAAUGGCAAGGCAGGCCCACCGGCGCAGCCCAGGGUCAAUGGCGGUCCACAGGAGCCACCGCCGACCUGGCUGGACGCUUGCCUGCAGCACAGCGCCUUCAUGUACGAGAUGGGCCCACCUGCAGCCACCAGGGGGGCAUGA